AAUUAAGCACAGAAGAGUUUUUCCAUUUAUCUCUUUUAAUUUUUUUUUAAUAUAAUUCAUAUCCUCUGUAUGUAUAGACUAAAAAAAAUAGAAGAAUCAAUCACCAAUUGAAAGAGAUCCUUCUUUUAUUUUCUCUCUUAAGACUUCUUAACGUAAAAAGAAAACUAGGGUUUAGAAUUUUUUGAUUAACCAUGUCUGGCAUUCAUCGAUCUUCCAGUGCUCCGUUGAAGAACGGCGGCCUUCCUCCUCAAGAACUCCUUGACGAUCUUUGCAGUCGGUUUGUUUUGAAUGUGCCAAAAGAAGAUCAACAGUCAUUUGAGAGAAUUCUAUUCCUUGUGGAGUAUGCGCAUUGGUUCUAUGAAGACAAUUCCGUCGAAAAAAAUCCUUCACUCAAGUCAUUCAAUCUCAAGGAAUUUACCUCUUUAAUGUUUAACAGCUGUGAUGUUUUGAAACCCUAUGUCGCUCACAUAGAUGACAUAUUUAAGGACUUUACUUCUUAUAAGGUCCGAGUUCCUGUUACUGGGGCGAUAAUUUUGGAUGAAACCUAUGAAAGGUGCUUGCUGGUGAAGGGAUGGAAAGGGACAAGCUGGAGUUUUCCACGGGGCAAAAAGAACAAAGAUGAGGAAGACCAUGCAUGUGCUAUUCGAGAAGUCCUGGAAGAAACAGGUUUUGAUGUUUCAAAUCUUCUCAACAAAGAGGAAUACAUUGAAGAGAUGUUUGGACAGCAGAGGGUGAAGCUUUACAUAAUUGCUGGUGUGAAGGACGACACUGCCUUUGCACCACUUACAAAAAAGGAGAUCAGUGAAAUUGCAUGGCACCGACUUGAUGAAUUACAGCCAGGAAGUGAUGAUGUAAUAUCUCGUGGGAUCACUGGCCUCAAGCUUUACAUGGUUGCCCCUUUUUUACAGUCAUUGAAGUUGUGGAUUUCAAAGCAUCAGCCCCCUGUAGCUCCAAGACCUGAUUUGCCCCUCAAAGGUAUGUGUAUGUGGAAAGCAAAGAACACCUCGAUAGGGAGUGGCACACAAAUAAUGGAAGCCCGUUCAAUGAAAGCUGGAACCGAUUCUCAUCCUCCUGAUACAGGCCCUGGCAAAAGCUUCAGAAGUUUUAGAUUUGACAUUGGUGGAAUCUUGCAAGCAAUGGAAGCUGGGUUUUCUUGUUGAGAUUUGAGUGCUCUUCUUUGUAAAUGCAUGCUUACAUAGCUGGGUUAGUUUUCUUCUUUAUUACCAAGGCAUUAGUAAUCAUCUUCUUGCCAACUAGCUGUACCUGCUGUACAUCAUUUAUGUCAGUAGUCAAGGUUUGGGUUUAGUGUAUAUCCUGUACAGAAGACCUUUUGUGGCAGAAAGUGCUUUGUCAAGUUGUGAUUGUACAUCACUCUGAACUGGAGAUCCCUCCGCCAGUAAAUGCCAAGAGACUCAAUAUUGGUUGUGUCUUCGUCUCUGGGCCAAGAUUCUCGAUAAUCUGUUUGAGCACACUACUUUCAUUGUCAACAUUUCUGUUGCUUCUUUGUUCUCUUGUAUUGUUCUUCUAAUCUUAGUUGAAGCUGUGAAUUGACAUUAUGAGAUGAAAAUAUGGAAUGUGAGAACUUGUGUAGUUUUUACCUGAGCUGGGUGAACUACGCAGUUCUCUUUGCAGCUUCACUGAUUGCUUCAGUCAAAAAUAUAUUAGCUAUCACUCUUAUUUCACUUCAAUGAAAUACUUUUCCUGCUUUUAGCAA